CAUUCUCAUAUUCUCGUGUUUAUCCUAUUUGUCAAUAACCGCUGUUAUCUUGUGAUGAAACGUUAACUAUUAAUUUAUAGCAUUAGGUUAAGGUAGGUUAAGACUGCACAUUCCUUCAUGAACGGCCAUCAAAUCAAAGCAGAUAAUCGCAAAAUUAAUAUGGGUCAAGAACGUGUACCUCAAUCUCGUCAGAUGGUGGAUUUGUACCGGUUUCGAAAAGAAAUUAUUAAGGACCUUGACGUACAAGACGUUCUUCCAGAACUUUUAUCAAAACUUGUAAUUGAUUAUCGAGAUAAGCAGCUUAUCGACUAUGAGAAAUCUCUGGAAGAUAAGGCCGAAAAAUUGUUACAAUUACUGGAGGAUAAAGUAGUGUCCGAGGAUGGUGAUAACAAGGAAGAUGUCAUUCCGAUAUUUGUCAACUCGCUCAAGACAAAAUACGACUGGAUUCAUAAAAGACUGACAGAAGAAGACGACGUUCCAGAUUCUCACUCAUCAAAAGUCAUUCCAUUGGUACUAAAGUUUUCUCCUGGAGGUAGCGGAAUAAGGAACAAGUUGUUGGACAAUGUGCUUCUAGAGGAAUCCGUUUUCGAUGAAGCCCCAACAAAGGAACAAAAGUUUCGAGUUAUGCUGGAAGCAGGUGGGGUUCAAUGUCUCCCUCCUGUUGCAGUGGAACGAACAGAUUUGCUUUUGCAAAUCCUAAGUGCUUUACCGAACCUGAAAAGUCAGCGAUACUUGGUGCUACAUGGGAUGGCUGGUUCUGGGAAAUCGGUGUUAGCUACUCAAGCAAUUAGUGAUCAUGAGCUGGUUGAUGGCUACUUUCAGGGUGGAGUGUUUUGGCUGUCAAUUGGAAAAGAAUGCAGUGAAUCUAAAGAUGCCCUUCUUGGCAAGAUGAGAAUACUCUGUGAACGACUAGGUGAAUCCCGUGCCCCAAACUCUUUUGACCAUGGGGCCGAUCUACUACGAACUGCCUUUCUGAAAAGGACAAAAAAUACUCUUUUGGUUCUGGAUGAUGUUUGGCGGAGUGAAGUAGUUCGAGCGUUUGACGUGGGAUGUCGAAUCCUAAUCACAACACGUGACUUGUCCAUAAUGGACGUUGUCAAUGGACGAUAUACGCACAUAAAAGUUGAAGACGGUUUCACCGAAGAAGAAUCACUUUCCUUGUUUUCUCGAGCCUUGAACAUUUCGAAAACUGAACUUCCUCUCCAGGCUCGGCAGAUUCACUGUGAAUGUAAAGGAAGCCCGAUGGUCAUAUCACUCCUCGCUUCAUUGAUGCAAGAACACCAGCUUUCGGACGAGGGUCGAUGGAAAUAUUAUUUGGAUUCUUUGGCCAAGCGUAAAUAUUCUAAGGUCGGGAGAUGCCGAGGUUAUGAACAUGGAAGUAUUGUGGACGCAAUUUCCCUUAGUUUUGAAGGGUUGACUGAAGCGAAUCAGACUCUAUAUUCCGAUUUUGCUCUGUUCCAAGAUGAUGUGGGGAUCCCGUGUUCAGUGUUGAUGACAUUAUGGAGCUUGCAAAAAUAUGAGGUUGAGGAUAUCAUGAAAGAUUUUGUCCGAAAAAGUCUAGUAAUUGAAGAGUACGAUCCUGUGAAAAAGAUUUACAUUUAUUCGGUUCACGACCUGUUGCUCGACUAUUUGAAAACAAGACUCGUAGCUGAGAGUGAAUUAGAAAUUGAAAGUCACAAAAGAUUAGUUGAUCAAUACGUUGACGUCUGCGGGGGCGAAUUUCACAAAUUACCUGACGACGGUUAUAUUCAUUUUUACUUGGGAUAUCACCUUUACAAAUCGAAAUCGUAUCACUAUUUCCAGAAGAUAUAUUUUGAUUUACAAUUUAUUGGAGAAAAACUUCGAAUAACGGGACCUUCCGACUUGCUGGUGGAUAUUAGAAAAUAUUUAGACUUUAUUGUCGGUGCUGAUGAAGAAAAACUUCGACAAAUUGAAGAAAUCCAGAGUUUCUCCCAGCUUGUUGGACACCGGAUUUAUGGACAGAUUGACGUAGAUGUAAUACAAAUCGCAUUGCAAACUCCACACCUUACCUGGAUUCACAAUCAGGCCAAAAUAUUGGCACAAAUCGCCAGCAAUCGAUUAUACCUCCAGUGGAAUAAUGCUGGGCAAGGCUGGAAAAACCCCGAAAGUACGGUGCUUUGCAGUGACUGUGUUCAUUGCGUUAAAUUUGUUGGAUCACGUGGAGGCUCAUUUUUGUCUGGUUUAAGCAACGGGUCUAUUCAGCUAUGCGACCUCGAGUCUUCCGCAGUUUGUCAUAUCUUCUUCGGACACACGGACUCCGUCCAUUCUUUAAGAGAAUCCCCUCCGUGCAAGAACCAACAUGAUUAUGACAAAUCUUCGCCAAAGACUCUCAUUAUUUUGUCUGCGUCGGCAGACAAGACGUGUAAGCUGUGGAACCUGAAAGCAAUUUUGGAUGAAGUUGAGUCAAAGCCGUACGAGCUGAAAACAGGGAGAAUGCUCGGUACUUCGCCUUCGCCAAAACUACGUCCAGAUCAAUGGGCUUUUGACCGUCAGCGGGACGAUAGCUACUUUACGUAUGAACUACACACUGCUCCCGUCACUUUCGCCGAAUUUUCGGCAGACGGUUCCACCAUUGUAUCAACUUCUACGAAUGAAAUUAUGAUUUGGAAAUCAGCCAAUGGAGAGAUUUUAUCAAAAAUUUCUCCAGCCUUUGAUGCUUUCCCAAACCUGACCUUUCAACGGUGCCUUUUCCCUCCAGAGUACAAUGCCAGAUAUUUAGUUUGUUGCGCCGAAAAUCAGAUUGUCCUCAUGUCUUCGGAACGUUCCUCUGUGUAUACGGCUGUUGAAGCACAUGCAAUGAGAAUAGUGGAUGUUUUGUACCUUUCGUCUGACACGUUUUGCACUGUGAGUGAAAACGAAAUUGGAUUAUGGAAGGUUAACAAGCUCGCACCAAAUACUAAAAGCAAAGCGUUUCGAAGCAGAAGUCUCAGUCCGUCACGUCUUGUCCAGUCUUUUCCGACUACAAAGGAAGUCGAUAGAAGCAGAGUUCUCCGACCUUGCAAAACCCUGGAUCCCAAUGACAUUCAAGUGAAUUGGAACAAUGGGAAUGUAGAUUUGGACACUAGACAAGUUGCAAAUCAUGUCGUGAAAUCUACUUCUGCCAUAAUUGCAAACAAUGGAGCAAUGACUAUUCAUCAUCCUCCGUCUACUACUAGUGCCUUGAUUGACAUAGGAAGUAUGGCUAUUGAAAUUGUGAAAGAAGAAGUUUUGACCAAUCGAACGACUGGAAUACUUCUUUGUGCCGUUACUGCGAAAAGCGAAGAUGAACGAGGAAGGCUGCUAGCUUGCGGAACGUCCGAUCAUAAAAUAAUGUUGUGGCGAAUCGAUGCAAAAGAGAGGCGCUAUCUGGGAUGUUUUACGAGUCAUAAUGGGUGGGUGACAUGUUUGGAUUUUUCUUCUGUAGAUGUUUGCACAAUUCUUAGUGGCAGUGAAGAUCACACUGUUAUGGUUUGGGAUAUCCAAGAAGAAGAGAAAGGAACAAAAGAACCACAAAAAAGUGAACUAUUUUCAUCAACCUUUGUCACCUUGGGCGUUGGUGAGGAUGGACAUUUCCUGUCUGGUUUCUUUACAGAAACAAAUACAGUGCAGAUUUACAAAGAUUCUAAGCGAAUAUAUGAGUCUGCAUCGUUCGAUAGCACCCUCACCCAAAUUGCUAUCUCAGAAUGUGCCAGAUUUGUCUCUGUUGGAGCUGAAGAUGGAAAAGUUUAUGAAAUCUCUGUUGAACAAAUUUUGUUCCAAGGCAAACAGAUUCAUGGUCAUGGCCGCGUUGUUACUGAACCCAAAUAUUUGGAUACCCUGGAAUCAAGAGUUUGUGCUCUCGAUUACGGAUUUUGGGGAAAGUAUUUGGUAGCUGGCUCUCUUGCCGGAUCAUUUAUGAUUCUGGAAGGGGGGAUUGUUACUCAGAAAUUUCGAAUAUCUACAAGUUGCUAUUUUGCGACUCGCUUUGUUUUCUCCAACUGCGUCGUUGCAGUUGCGCAAGAUUCUUCAACAAUGAAGAUAAAUAUGUCCCGAAAAGACGAUAUUCGAACAUGGAAAGCUGAAAAAGAAAUUCAUGUAACAUGUUGUGAAUGCAGCUCGGACGGACUCCUUUUAGCACUUGGAACAAGUAGUGACGGCGUGUUUUUCUUGUCAUUAUCUGCGAAUGCUGGAAUUAUAGAGAAUAAAUUAAGUGCUAAAAUGUCGUCACCCGUUCGGUCCAUAGCUAUUGACAUGUCUUCAACAAAGAUGGCGAUUGGAUAUGACAAUGGCUUGAUUUCCAUUUGGAUAAUUAGCGGUGAUAUGUCGCCCAGAAAAGAUAUGGAGUUAGUGCUUCAUAAAUCGUGGGUUCGCCAUUUACAAUUUUCACCUGAAGUAAUUGGAAAUUCUCACUGGUUGAUUUCUUGUGGAGACAAUCUAGCUGUAUGGAAUUUGGACAAUCAAGAAACUAAACCUCGAAGACGUUCAAGUUUUAUGUCGGAAAGGCGAAAACGUCGUUCCGGAGAUUCGCCUGCUCGAACUAAUAACUCGAACCGUUUAUCUCUCGAAAUUCCAGAUGGAAGUAAAAUUGGCAAAGUAGGAAAACGCGAACUUCUUCAGCAAUUUGCAUUUCGAGGAAAUUAUGCACAACAUUUUGUUACUGAUUUGAGUUUUGGCAAAAUUCUAACUGUUGAUGAUACUGGAAUAUUUUAUUUGCUUGAAACCCUCAAGUUUUGCGAGCCUGAACGUCCAAGGUCUGCAAAAGUAUAAAAUUACAUGUGCAGCGAUACGAUACUAUGUGGCAUCGUAAUACGUAUGAAUGAUGACUGAGGACAUGUAGCCAAUUGUGAUAGAAAAAAAGGCUCAAUGCUUAAGGGAUGUGUACCUUGCCUUGCAAUAUUAUGAUAAUCAUUAUUAUUAUGCAAACAAAUUCUGUCCAGAUAUGUAGUACUUAUGCUAUGCAAUUGUAACAUAUUGCUCAAUAUGCUGAUCUGAGUUUAGCAGGAUGUAUUAGCCAACUAGUAAUUAGCAGGUAAUAGUGCUUCAAAGUUGUACACCUCAUGCAACAAUCUAUUUAAAACUAGUACAAUUUUAUUCUCUAGUUUGUGUAAUCAAAAUCAAAUGCAGAUAAUUUAAAUAGUUUUAAUAAUUAGUGGUAUAGUCGAAAUCGCAAAAUAUAUUCAGAUUAUUUGGCUUUCAAAAAUUCCAAAGACUUUAUUAUGGCUAGUACGUGUGUUAUAAUUUCAAUUCUGUAUCAAGAAAGAUAUGCUUAUGCCAUUAUUAUGCAACGAUCGACAUACACAAAUACGAAAUGAUAUACUUUUUCGCCAUUAUUGCUCUUGUAAAGAAAAAAAAGUCAAUAUAUCUCUAAAAAUAAAUAAAUCGAAACGUUAUGUAAAAUUA